GUGUAAACACGCUCGUUCAAUUCCAACAGACCCUUUUAUCUCUAUCUGUCCGCCUUUUACAAACUGCUGUCCCGUGCCUUGGCUUGUGCGAUAAACGUGGAAAAUAUCCGGUUAAUGUUUCCUUACUGCGGAGCAUCUCUGUCAUUUGAUGCCUGCACGUUCUCAAACCUUCAUUCCUUUGCCACUACAAUGGAACCCCAUACUCUUGCUUCGUUCGUCAGGAGGCACCCACAGCUUCAGGAGCUCCAUAUAUCUCCGAGCGAUAUUAGAUCUAUUACAUUGUCCGAAUUCAGCGGAAUAUCCCUUUCCUCGCUGAAUUCCGUCUGCCUUCCCCAAUCUCUGCUGUUUAUGAUUUCUCCGGAUGCUCCCCUGCGAUCUGUUUUGUCUCCAGAAAUCGAGGACGACAACGAAGAGAUCCCACAUUUCAUCAGGCACCUUUCUCGAUAUUCCACAACGCUCACCGAGCUUCAUUUGUGCCGUCCUCACUGGAAUGCUGAAGUUUUAAUGCACGUCGCGACUUUGCUACCAAAGAUCAAAAGCUUCACAUUCACUAGAAUGACACCUGGUCUGCACGACCCUGCCAAUGUAGCUUUUCUCGAAGCAUGCGAAACAGCACUUCCUUUUUUCAGCUCCCUCAGUCAAUUCCGCAUCGAAGUCGCACGCAAUCGAGAACUAUCGGGCUUUACAUUUGUGUCCGAUUACAGAUGCGACUUCAUGAUGGUUCAAAUGUGGGGCAACAAAUGCCCGACCCUCAGCAUUUGUGCCUUUCCAUCUGGGACCGCAUGGCAUCGUAUCGAGGACAAUGUAUGGAUGCCAGACUUGCACCACAAAGCUGCAAUUCGGUGGUUCUUUGAGGCCGCCUCCACGGACCAGUUUCCGAUCGAUGUCAUGGGAUCUUUACAGCUGUUCUGCGAUUCCAUGGGGAAAGUUGACACCCUUGGACUACUCAAUUUUAGGUCACCGUCGGCCAUGGAAUCAAUUGGCCUUUACCGCCAGACAGAGGAUGACGAAUCAGAGGUUUAUUCAAGUGAUUCGGAUGAGAACGACGUUGAGAUCGAGAUCGAGGAAUAAGAUCGAGCGAUAUAGGUGACGGGCAACCGAGUCCGGUACUGUGUAGUUGAAGGAGUCGUGUCGUUGAGGGUCCUAUCUUGCUGCGUACUACGAACAUUUAUGCAUUUGAUGUCAACAUAACAACAGCGC